UACAAUACCCAGCGCGCCCCGCCUGUCACGUGACAGCCACAGCGACGCUUCGGGGGGUUCCUGCGGUGCGUCGGUGAGUCACCUUCCCGCCGCGGAAAAGACACUGCUCACGGGAGCCUCAUCUGUCCCCUGAAAUCAAAAAAAAAUGCCUGCCAUUAAGCUACAAAGCUCAGAUGGUGAGAUCUUCGAGGUUGAUGUGGAAAUAGCAAAGCAGUCUAUCACAAUCAAAACCAUGUUGGAAGAUCUGGGUAUGGAUGAUGAAGGUGAUGAUGAUCCAGUGCCACUCCCAAAUGUGAACGCUGCUAUUCUGAAAAAGGUAAUCCAGUGGUGUACGCAUCAUCGAGAUGACCCUCCCCCACCAGAGGAUGACGAAAACAAAGAAAAACGAACCGACGACAUACCUGUGUGGGAUCAGGAGUUUCUGAAAGUCGACCAGGGUACUCUCUUCGAAUUAAUACUGGCUGCAAACUACCUUGAUAUCAAGGGUCUUCUUGAUGUAACUUGCAAAACAGUGGCAAACAUGAUUAAAGGAAAAACCCCUGAAGAAAUUCGCAAAACAUUCAACAUUAAAAAUGAUUUUACUGAAGAAGAGGAGGCACAGGUACGAAAGGAAAAUCAGUGGUGUGAAGAGAAGUGAUCCAAUGGGGAAACGUGUGCAGCUCAAUAGAAAAUCUUAAGCCUGCACAACUUAUUAAUCACUAGCCUGUGGUACUUUUGAAAUAUAGUGUUAAGAUAACAAUGCAUAAACAUUUUGUAAGAGUGUUAAUUUUGAGCUUAAUGCUUGCUUCAUGAAACCAGUUUUCUUUAGUAUUUUGAGCAGGGUCUCCAGCAUAUUUAUUACUUCAUCAUGUGAGUUUUCCCUUGUUGCUGUUUAGAAUUAAAGCUGUGUAAAGAAUUCCACUGGCAGUAUGACAGCAAUUAGAAGUCAAAACUGUUUCCUUUUUUGUUUAACUUGUAAUUAAACUUUACUUUUUAUUGCGAA